CUUGGAAAGCUCUUCUAACAGUGUGAUUGAUCAUAAAAUGGGAGCGUCUGAGUCCACACCUGUUCAACCCUCCCCAACAAGAAUCUACCACAGUUAUACACCACCAUCACCACCACCACCUCCUCCACCAGAAUAUGAUACGCCAUGGAGGAAAAUGCCUUGGGGGAAAAAAGACGCUUUAGAAGAGAAACUGAGGAACUUUAAGCUCAACACUACUGAUGUUAAGUUUGUCAGGAUUCUGAUCGUUGGUGAAGUUGGAGCAGGAAAGUCCAGCUUUAUAAAUACAAUCAAUGAUGCUUUCCAAGAGCGAAUCACCUCUGGGGCACUUGCUGGAACAUGUGGAACCAGUUUCACAAAAAAGUAUCAAACUCAUCAUAUCAAAGGGAAGGAUGGCUCCCGUUUGCCUUUUGUCUUCAAUGAUAUCAUGGGACUUGAACGUGAAGGUGGCAAAGGCAUAUGUGUAGAUGACAUUAUCUCAGCCUUAAAGGGGCUAAUUGAGGAAGGAUACAACUUUAAUCCUCUUCAUCCUGCAUCUGGGAAAGACUCCAAAAACAAUCCCAGGGUUUCUGACCAAACCUUCUGCCUGGUCAACGGUAUGCAGGGGUGCAGUAAUGUACUGGGGAUUCCAAUGAGCCACAUCUUCCCUGUGAAGAAUUACCACAAGGAGACUGACACAAGUGAUGACAUGGAUGUUCUGAUCCUCAAGGCACUUGAUCAGAUUGUGAAUCUUGCCAAUGAUCAGCUGGAAAACCAAACCUCUUGUGAAAAAUGGGAGUGA